CGUGACGCGGCAAACCGUGCGAAGAUUGCCAGAGAAUGGACAAUCACGGCUGCCCAAACGGUCUUCGCGAAGCAGAGAUCGACGCCGUGGCGAUGGCGGUGACUGUUAUCGUCGUGAACACGAUGGGCGACAUGGAGUCCUCCUCGCCCGACAUGCUGAUGCGGCUCCGCCAACGAAGAGCGCUGUUGCAGAGCGUUGCCGAGGCGCCGGAUUCCGCGGCGACGUGUGAGGCAGUCGUCCAGUUGUGUGCCGCGCUGUCGUCUGGCAUUUUCCCACGGGAGACUCCGUGGUGGUGGAUUAGACGACCGACUGGCGGAACAUGGGAGGACCUCCGGCUUCGCGACGACGCGACGGGCGAGUACUACCGGCAGAAGCUGCACAUGUCGACGGCCAUGUUCACCCAGAUCGUAGCCGCGUGCGCCGCGUGCAUGGAGAAGAAGGUGACGCACUACCGAAUGUCAUUGCCAGUGGAGCAGCUGAUUGCUUUCGCGUUAUACAAGUGGGCGUCCGGAGAGACGUACGAGAGCGGCAUGUCAGCCUUCGGCAUCGACAGGGCAACUGGACUGCAGGCCGUCCGCGACGUCACUUCGGCGCUGUUGCAGGCGUACCCCGACGCGAUAAAGUGGCCAGUGGGCAGGAGACGUGCGCAGAUUCUACGCGCUUUCCGUGAAAAGGGUUUCCCAAACUGCUGCGACGCUAUCGGCUGUACACAGAUCUACAUUGACAAGCCCGCCGGCGCACCUUCCGAGAACUACUACGACCGCAAACAGAAGUUCUCCGUGCAGGCGUACGUGGUUGUGGAUUUGGAUCUACGGAUCCUCGACGUCCACGUAGGAUACCGGGGAAGUGUGCACGACGUCCGUGUCCUGCACAAUUCCCAAUUGUGGAGGCGUGCAGAAAGUGGCGAGCUGUUCGACACAACUCUGGAGAAUCUGCCGCACGGUGUCGUCACGCGAGGCUACCUGCUGGGCGACAACGGUUAUCCAGUUGCAUGUCCGUGGAUCGUGCAGCCGUACGGAGGAAUCGAGCAAGGUGCUGACGAGGAGCGCCUCGACACGCGGCAAAAGGUGGCACGGGGGUGUGUGGAGAGCUAUAUUACCGCGCGUUCAUUGAACGCGGGUUUCGCGUUGAAGGUAUGAACGCAUUGAACGCGCGUUCACUGAACGCGGGUGAACGCAUUUGACG